GAGUGUCCACACACAAUCCAUGUCAGUGUGUCUAUAUACCGUCUACCAUCAUAAUAUAGCAUAUAUAUGAGCGGGUGAGCAGUGAACGCGCGACGCGGAGCAGCCUACACAUUAAAAUCAUAUAAUAUAAGAUAAUAAUAAUGUGGCAGCAGAGCUCGCUUCGGUUUAUCACGCGAUAGACGUAUCAGGAAACAAUAAAACUCCGAAUUCCCAUCGAUAUGCCGCGAGACAGAGAGGGGACCUAUCCAAACUAAUUGAAAAUAAUAUCUCCUGCCAAGCUCGAGCUGCUUUGCGUACACUACUGUCAAUUAGUCAGUUCGGGUUUAAUUGCCGAUGCGCGCGUGACCGAGUAAAUUUCGGCUCGGUGUUGUUUUUUUUUUGGUGCUCGGAGCCGCCUGUAUACAGUGGACGGCGCAUGUGUCUGCUCGAUACACAAUAAUGGGAGUACAAUAGGCUGCUCGUAGUCGUAAUUCACCCUCGGCAGCAAGUGCAUACACAAGUGGACAGCACACAACACGCGAGCCGCUUGCAGCACGAGAUAUUUAGGACGUUUUUUGGGCUUCUCAAUUUAUGACUGUGGACGUAAAACCGAUUCAAAAUGUUCUCACGCUUGAACAGAGAUCUGAUGCCCAUGAAGGCGCAUUACUUUUUCUUCAAUGCAGCUACCGGUCCUAUGAUGCAAUUUUUGCCGACGUUCGCAAAGCAAUUGGGAUUUUCCGCAUCAGUUUUUGGAUCGAUUUAUGCGCUACUUCCCAUCACGGGGUUGGUGGCAAAACCCUUAUUUGGUGGCCUUGCUGAUAGAUUCAAAUUGCACAAACAAUUUUUUAUUAUCUUUCAAAUUGUCCUAGCCAUAGCGUUUUUAGUUAUGAAUUUUAUACCAGAAUUAGAUUUUAAUCAAAAUGCUACUUUGAAAUGUAAUGGAGAUACUUUUUUAAAUAUCUGCUCCAAUUCUACAUUUGAAUACAAAGGAAAAGAUAGAAAUACAAGCUGUCACUUGACAUGUAAAGUAACUAACUUCACAGAUUAUGAAGGGAUGUGUCGUACCUGGAAUAUUGAUUGGAAAUAUUGUAAUCAAACUAUAAAACCUGAAGAAAUAAACACCCUUCAAAAUAUUGAAUUUGAUGCAUAUUUCAACACUAUUGAUAUGUUAUCAGUGCCAUCAAAACAGUAUCCAGGUUCUUGUCUGGAAAUAAAAAUAGCUAGUGCUGCAAUUGGUUCAGGCACUAAACAUAAAACUUUCUGUGAUGAAUACUCUUUUAAUAUGCCUUGUUCAGUACAAUGUCCAAAUAUUCCUUCCUUGGAUGAAAUGAUCAAAAAUGACUUGAUGGAAAAUUAUCCAAAAACUGAAUCAUACAGUAGAAAUUUUUAUUGGUUUUUGUGGGCUUCUAUUGUGAGUUGGGUUGGUAUGGCUAUUGUAGUUAGUAUUGCAGAUGCCAUAUGUUUUAACUUAUUAGGUAAUGAUUCUAAUAAAGAUUAUGGAAAACAAAGAAUGUGGGGUAGUGUUGGAGUAGGAAUAUUUGGCAUUAGUGCAGGAUACUUGAUAGAUCUUUUCAGUCAUGGAAGUGAAAUAAAGGAUUACUCAUGUAUAUUUUAUUUGAUGUUAAUAGCCAUGGCUUUUGAUGUUUUAUUCUCGACUCAACUUAAAACAGAAAAUCUUGACUCCAGUGAGCCAUCUGUAUUAGAAGAAAUAUGGUCAAUAGUAUCAGAAAGCAGAGUUUUAGUAUUUGCUUGGUGGUGUGUGGGAGCAGGAAUGUGUACAGGAGUUGUAUGGAAUUUUCUUUUCUGGUACACUGAAGAGAAAACUCAAGGGCCCGAUUUAGAAUGGAUAAAAACUUUACAAGGUUUAAUGACCGGGGUGCAAUGUUUUAUAGGAGAAAUGCUUUUUAAUUUUUUAUCGAAUAACAUACUCAAAAAGAUAGGCCAUAUUAAUUCUAUGAGUCUUGUUUUAAUUGUUUAUUCAAUCAGAUUCAUGGCUUAUAGUUUGAUUCGUAACCCUUGGCUGUUUUUAAUUACGGAAGUUUUACAUGGUCCAUCACUUGGCUUGUGUUGGCCAACAAUGGCAUCCUAUGGUGAUAAAGUAGCACCUUCUGGGACAAAAGCCACCAUCCAAGGUCUAGUAGGAGGAGUUUUUGAAGGAAUUGGUGUUUCUAUGGGGACUCUAAUUUGUGGGUUCCUUAUGAAUAAGUAUUCUGGAGAAACUGUUUUCAGAAUAUUUUCAGUUGGAGCACUUGUAUGGUUAGCCAUUUUUUGGAUGUUCCAAUUGAUUUUAAGAAAAAUCAAAGCAUACCCAUUGCAACAAGGCCACACUCAUUUGGCAAGUUAUACUCAUCCUGAUGAUGCGAUUCUUAUGACUAUGAGUCAAGAAAUGCAAACUUAUUGA